AUGGACGAGGGGGACGUCGCGGAUGAGAAGGGGUACGCGGGUUCAUCGAGAUACUCCGCUGCGGGUCGUGAUGUCGUCUAUGGCGAGGUGGACGACGAGGUAGACGGGUCGACAUUGAACGAGAAGGCUUCUAUACCGGAUACGCCGUUCAGCCAUUCAGACACAAGACAUUUUGGCCCUGCGCCUGUGAGGCCUCAGGCGAGAAGGCAUGGGGAGAAGAAGAGGGUACUGUUGAAGCAUGGACAUUAUGUGCGCGACUUGCCGGUACCGAGGAGGCUUAUCUUACCUAAGAGAGGAACGAGGGAGAUGACGGAGACGAGGUACACAGCAGUCACCUGCGACCCAGACGACUUUGGAAAGAAUAAGUUCACCCUCCGUCAGGUGGAGAUGAACCGCCAGACAGAGAUGUUCAUUGUCAUCACCAUGUACAACGAGGAUGACGUCCUGUUCUGCCGUACGUUGUACGGGGUGAUGAAGAAUAUUGCCCAUUUGUGUUCGAGGAAGAAUAGUUCUUGGGGACCCGACGGUUGGAAAAAGGUGGUCGUAUGUAUUGUCUCUGAUGGGCGAAGGCAGAUACACCCCCGAGUCAUGGACUGUCUGGUCGCCUUAGGCAUCAUCCAACCACACGCGAUGAAGAACAUGGUCUUAGGCCAGAUCACAACAGCCCACGUAUGGGAGUAUACGACAACUUUUGCUCUCGAUGCGGAUAGGAGAUUCAGGUAUCCCGAGAGCUCGUUCGACAUUGUCCCCACCCAGAUCUUGUUUUGCUUGAAAGAAAAGAAUGCCAAGAAGAUCAACUCCCACCGAUGGUUCUUCAACGCCUUCGCUCCGCUUCUCCAGCCCAACGUGUGUAUUCUGAUCGAUGUCGGUACGCGCCCUGGGCCCAAGAGCCUGUAUCAUCUCUGGAAGGCGUUCGACCUCAACUCGAACGUUGCGGGGGCGUGUGGGGAGAUCGCGGUGUAUAAGGGCAAGUGGUGGAAGGGGCUGCUGAACCCGCUCGUCGCAUCGCAGCACUACGAAUACAAGAUGAGCAACAUCCUCGACAAGCCCUGCGAGUCCGCCUUCGGGUACAUCAACGUGCUCCCGGGCGCAUUCUCCGCAUACAGAUAUAUCGCGCUGCAGAAUGACAGGAAUGGCAAGGGACCGUUGGCAAGUUAUUUUAAGGGAGAAGUGUUAUCGGGUCAGAAUGCCGAUAUGUUUACAGCUGUACACACACUUCUGACGCACUUCAAGCGUAUCCUAUGCUUCGAGCUCGUAGCCAAGCCUGAUUCUGAAUGGGUUCUCCGCUAUGUCAAAAGCGCCGUCGGGGAGACCGACGUACCCGAAACGCUUGCUGAGUUCAUAGGCCAACGCCGGCGCUGGCUCAACGGUUCCUUUUUCGCCUCAGUCUAUGCGCUGUACCAUGUUGGCCAGGUUCUCCGGUCGGGGCACAGUGUAUUCCGCAAGGCGAUGCUGCUAUUUGAGUUUGGGUAUAACCUGAUUAACGUCAUCUUCGCUUGGUUCGCGGUGGGGAACUUCUUCAUAUUCUUCGUGAUCCUCACGUCUUCGGUCAACGACCCCUCGUUCAACCUGAAAGGGGUCGGCUUCUUGAACACCUUGACACAGUAUGCUUAUGCGGGAACGAUCGUGGCUUGUUUCCUCUUCAGCAUGGGGAAUCGUCCGAAAGGUGCACGUUGGAAAUACCGAAUCGCCGUCGUGAUAUUCGCUGUCCUCACAGUCUGGAUGGUCGUCUGCGCCGUGCUCUGUGCCGUCAAAGCUCUUGAACAGAUCGGUACCCCCAUGUACAGUCGAAUGGUCCUCUCCCUCCUGGUCACAUAUGGUUCAUUUGUCGCCGCGAGUGCGCUGUUCUUGGAUCCGUGGCACUUGAUGACGAGCUUUGGGCAAUAUAUGCUCUUCUCGCCUACCUUUAUCAAUGUCCUCAACAUCUAUGCCUUCUGCAAUCUGCACGACUUUUCAUGGGGGACGAAAGCUAUUACGACGGUGGAUACUGAUCUCGGUGUCGUCCGGGGUAUUGUUAAAGGUGAUACCGUGGAGGUGGAAGUCGAAUACGACAAGGAUGACGUAGACAAUGUUUACAUGGAAGCGCUUCACCGGCUCAAGGUAAGGGAACCCAUCCCACGAGCCAAACCGAAGGCUUUCAACGAAGAUGAGGAAGCUAUCAAGGACUACUAUGCUAACGUUAGGACCAACGUGCUGCUUACAUGGGCCCUUUCAAACUCGUUCUUGGCCGUCAUCAUCCUGAGUGGAAACGUCUCCAGUACUUUCGACGGGAGCAACAAUUAUACAGUUACCAAGUCUUACAUGCUCUUCAUUCUCGCAUUCGUUGCCAUGACGAGCAUUAUUCGCUUCGGGGGAUCUAUGAUAUAUCUUAUUGGGAGGGUGUUCACAGGAUGA